AUGCGCAAUGGAAUCUUCUACAAGCCCAGCAUCAACGACCUCGAAGCGCAGAUCUUCGGGAUCGUGACGAAAUCCACUCCUCAGAAGAACACGGGCAUUCUGACAACUUGCACGAGGCGGGAGUGGGCCAUUCUGAAAAACAAGCUCGAGCAGAUUUCAUCUACUAAUGGCUCGUUACUCAAGCUGAUCCAGAACGCCGCUUUCGUUGUCAACCUCGAUCAAGCCGGUGAUGAUAGUCCAAUCGAGCAAUUUCUCCACGGUGGAAAAUUCGCGACCAACCGCUGGUUCGACUGCACCCUCCAGCUCAUCAUCAACGACGACGGCGACUUCGGGAUCUGCUACGAGCACUCCGUUUGCGAAGGAAUCCCAGUCGUCCAGCUCGCCGCAGAAAUCAAACGAGCAAUCAUCCAAAACCCAACGAAAGAAAAGUACUACUACGGCAACUCUCCCCUCGAACCCCUCUCCUUCCGAACGUCCCACGAGCUGGACUUGCUGGUCUCUCGUCAAAUAGAAAAUCACCGGGUUCAACAAGAACGGCUCGAUUUAAACGUCUUCAAGUUCGAAAAGUUCGGCAAAACAUUUAUCAAGAAGCAGAACAUGUCCCCCGAUGCCUUUUUACAAGUAGCCUUGCAGUGCGCUUAUCAUCGAAUCUACUGUCGUCUUCCUUGCUCCUACGAGUCCGGGUCGAUCAGAAGGUUUCGAGAUGGACGGGUAGAUAACAUUCGAGCGUCGACGAUUCCCGCCCUCCAGCUUUGUCGGCACCUGAGCGAGUUUUACUCCAGAGGCGAUUGUAAAUCAUCCCUGAGUACUAACUCGAUGGACUAUCUUCGCAAAGCAGUGAGGUUUCAAACCAGCAUUACUCAGCAAGCAAUCACUGGCAAGGGACUGGACAAUCAUCUGCUCGCCCUUCUGAACACGCUGAAAGAAGUCUCGCUGCCGAUUCCGGAGUUGUUCACCGACAAUUCGUUCAAAACAUUCAACCACUUUGAACUCUCAACGUCUCAAAUCCCGACCAUUUCGAGGGACAUCUACAUGUGCUACGGACCAGUCGUCCCCGACGGAUACGGCUGCUCGUACAAUCCGCAAAAGGACUGCAUUGUUUUCUGCAUUUCAUCAUAUAAAGAUUGUGACGCAACCUCGUCCGAGCGAUUCAGGAGAGCUUUGGCGGAAUCGCUCGAAACACUGAUGGAUAUUUGCAACCAAUUCAACUCCAAAAGGUCUAAUUCUGCUGACAAGGAGGACAUCCGAAAAGAUGUUUUUGGCAAAACCCCGCGACGAGUCAGAUGCAAUUCUCAAGUUGACGACCUCGACCAACUAGCGCUAGAAACGCGCCGCUCAACAUUCAAACGUGCCCAAACAGAAGACAAAUUUCGCCUUUGA